AUGAGCCCAGGCACAAUGACAACCACAGAGGUAUAUCUGCUACCGCUCAAUGACGACGGCUCUCCCGACGUUGAGAGACAAUACAUAUACAUUGCUCCGCCAUCCAAUGACCCUGUCACUCUCAGGUUUUCCAUUGAGGGUACCUCGUCCAUAUGUCGCAAUGGCAGCUUGUGGGUCAAUAUACCCAAGAAGGGCAAAGAGUUUCGUCGCGAUAGCUUCAGGGAAUUCAAGCUAACACCCGACUUCAAUCGCUCAAUUGAGAUAUCCAUCCAAAUCCACCAGCCAGGAGCGUACGCAUUUUACACCACCUACGCUGAGCUACCCAGCCUCGAACCCCAUCUUUCCGAAGAUUCGUCGCAAAAGGCAGUUGAACUGAAGAAGACACCAGUUUACUACAUAGAUGUUGCGCCUCGGCUGCGCCUAGAUGGGCGCCCGCUUCCACUGCCUGCUCUGUCGGUUUUCUCCGUCAUCAGCAAAUUCAUGGGCAAAUAUCCUACCGACUGGGAUAGCCACUUACGCGGAAUAAGCGAUCGUGGAUAUAAUAUGAUCCAUUUUGCGCCUUUGCAGGUUCGAGGGUCAUCUAAUUCGCCAUACAGUCUGUACGAUCAACUUGGCUGGGACCCUGAGUGCUUCCCCCAUGGAGAGAGAGACGUGGAGAAGCUGGUCGCAAGCUUAGAGAGAGAUCAUUCCUUGUUGAGCUUGACGGAUAUUGUACUCAAUCAUACGGCCCACAACACAAAAUGGCUUCAAGAACACCCAGAAGCUGGUUACAACCUUUCAACUGCUCCGUGGUUAGAGUCUGCCUAUGAGCUCGAUUCCAAAUUAUUGGAGCUGAGCGCAAAUCUGGCAUCUCUGGGCCUACCAGUGCAUCCCAAGUCACCUGAAGACCUGCUCCUGAUUAUGGAGGCUAUUAAGAAAGAGGUCAUUGCCAAGAUUCGCCUAUGGGAAUACUAUGCACUUGACGUGGAGCGAGACGCAGAUGCUGCAGUUGACGCCUGGACCAAGACAAAGACGUAUACAUCUCAAAAUACCGACGGACUUCAAGACGAGUUAGAGCAACUCAAGGACGCUGGCCUUGCUCAACAGGUUUCAUUCCUUAAGAAAUUCGGUCUUUUAGGUGCUGGCCAACUCGGUGAACGAUUUCUCCGAAGUGUCGAUCCCAACGUUGCGGCAACUCUACUUGCCUUUACCUUUGGCCGAUACGAAGGGGAGUCGGCCGAUUCUGCAGACAAGGCCGCGGCCCGAUCCAAAAUGGUGGAGAUCUUGGAUGCAAUGAAUGUGCCAUUAUAUGAAGAAUACGAUGGCGACGUCAAAGAAAUUCUCGAACAACUUUACAAUCGUAUUAAAUAUGUUCGGUUGGACGAACACGGUCCUAAGCUGGGUCCCAUAAACGACGAAAAUCCUCUAAUUGAAACAUAUUUUACACGCCUGCCAAAGAAUGCUGCGACGACAAAACAUAACCCUCGGGACUUGAUGUUAGUAAAUAAUGGCUGGGUAUGGGGCGGAAAUGCACUGGUAGACAAUGCUGGUCCAGAUGCCCGGGUAUACUUACGGCGAGAGGUUAUCGUUUGGGGUGACUGCGUCAAGUUGCGAUACGGUUCAAAACCAGAUGAUAGCCCUUGGUUAUGGAACCAUAUGACAGAGUACGCUCGUAAACUGGCAACACACUUUGCUGGUCUGCGCAUAGACAACUGUCAUUCGACACCUAUUCAUGUUGCUGAACAUAUUCUUGACGAAGCACGUCGCGUGAGGCCAGAUCUGUACGUUGUGGCCGAGCUAUUUAGUGGCUCAGAAGACACCGAUUACGUCUUCGUCAAGCGACUUGGGCUCAGCUCCCUCAUUCGCGAGGCCAUGCAGGCAUGGAGUACUGCAGAGCUCAGUCGACUGGUUCAUCGGCAUGGUGGUCGCCCAAUUGGCAGUUUUGAAGUCGACGAAAUUUCUCGCGGUGAUCCCACGCUGUCUCCUGGUUCACAAAACAAGAAAGAUCUCACCAGAGAAAUCAUACGACGCAUCAAACCUACGCCAGUACAUGCUUUAUUCAUGGACUGCACUCAUGAUAAUGAAACACCGGCCCAGAAACGAGAUGCACGAGAUACACUUCCUAAUGCAGCACUUGUCAGCAUGUGCUCAAGCGCUACAGGUUCAGUCAUGGGUUAUGACGAAGUAUACCCCAAACUCGUCGAUCUUGUCAACGAAACUCGCUUGUACACGUCAGAAUCGUCCAGAUCAGCACCCAUCAAAGUUGGACGAGGCAAGAAUGGAAUUGCUGGCGUCAAAAAGUUGCUGAACCAGAUUCAUACUCUUAUGGGCAAAGAUGGCUACGAUGAGACCCACAUUCAUCAUGAAGAGGAAUACAUUACGGUGCACAGGGUUCAUCCUGAAUCACGAAAGGGCUACUUUCUGAUUGCGCACACGGCCUUCCCUGGCUAUGGCAAUGGUAACGGCGCGUUGAAUCCCGUUCAUCUGGCUGGAACCCGAGCCCAGCACUUGGGAAGCUGGAAGCUGGAAGUCGAUGACAGUCCCGAGGCCACUGCCAAAGCAGUGAAUGAAGGCCAAUUUUUGGUUGGUCUUCCAAGUCGGGUUGUAGAUAUUACGGGUGUGGAUUUGGACGUUCAGGGCGAGGACACAAUCAUCACUGUGCGGGAUAAAUUCCCUCCUGGCAGUAUUGCACUUUUCGAGACGUGGAUACCGGCUGCAGAGCAUUCUGCUGGUCUCGAUACGUAUGUUACCUCGGGUGCUAAGGCGGCUUGGAGCCAAUUGGACCUCAUCGACUUGAACUUUUUGAUGUACAGAUGCGCUGCGGAAGAGCUUGACUCCAAUAAUGGACGUGACGGGACGUAUGACAUCCCCGGAUACGGAACGCUCGUCUACGCUGGGUUGCAAGGAUGGUGGAGUCUCAUGAAAGACAUAAUUCGUGAAAAUAACUUGGCUCAUCCUCUGUGUCAAAACCUUCGCCAAGGCACCUGGGCUCUUGACUACAUCCUUGGCCGACUGCAGAGGAUGAGUGAGACCGAAGGCAAAGAGCAGCUUGCAAGACCCGCUUCAUGGCUCAAGGAACGGUUCGAUGCCAUCCGAACGAUUCCUAGCUUCCUUCUGCCUCGAUAUUUUGGGCUGGUUCUUCGAACAGCCUACAACGCCAGUCGUGACAGGGCAUUGGAGUUGAUGGGUGAGAAUAUUGAGAAGGGGCAAUGGUUUCUUCAGAGCUUGGCGCUAGUCAGCGUGCAGCAGACGGGAUACGUGAAGUCUGCAUCUCUGUGGCCUAACAAAGCAGUGCCCUCCGUUGCAGCUGGAUUGCCCCAUUUCGCUGUGGAAUGGUCAAGGUGCUGGGGUCGUGAUGUUUUCAUUUCCAUUCGUGGACUGUAUCUGGGUACUGGUCGGUUUGACGAGGCCAAGGAGCAUAUUCUGGCAUUCGCAAGUGUACUCAAGCACGGAAUGAUCCCCAAUCUUUUGAGUAGUGGCGACGCCCCUCGAUACAACUCUAGAGACUCGAUAUGGUUCUUCCUGCAGACGAUUCAAGACUAUGUCCACCGUGCCCCUGAGGGCACAUCGUUGCUGAAGACAUCUGUCAAGCGGCGGUUCUUGCCCUACGACGAUACGUGGUUCCCAACUGAUGAUCCUAGAGCAUACUCAAAAGAAAGCACUAUUGAAGACAUCAUUCAGGAGGCCCUCCAGAGACACGCUUCAGGAAUGAAGUAUCGAGAAGCGAAUGCCGGGCCACAGAUUGAUUCCCAAAUGAAGGACGAGGGCUUCAACCAAGAUAUCCAUGUUGAUUGGGAAACCGGGAUCAUUUUUGGUGGUAAUCAAUCCAACUGUGGGACUUGGAUGGACAAAAUGGGUGAGAGCGAACGAGCUGGCUCCAAAGGAGUGCCUGGAACUCCGCGAGACGGUGCGGCCAUCGAAAUCACUGGCCUACUAUACAGCACAUUAGCAUGGCUAGUCGGAUUGAAUGAACAAGGGAAAUACGCCUACUCCUCUGUGAAAACCGGAGACGGCAAGUCUGUCUCGUUCAAGGACUGGGCAGAACGCAUCAAAGCCAACUUCGAGAGGUGCUACUUUGUUCCUCUCACAACAGAGGACGAUGCCAAAUAUAACGUCAACCCUGCCGUCAUCAACCGCCGUGGCAUCUACAAGGAUCUCUAUAAAUCGGGCAAAGAAUACGAAGACUACCAGUUCCGGUCAAACUUCCCCAUCGCCAUGGCCGUCGCCCCAUCUCUCUUUGAUCCCGAUCACGCCAUGCACGCCCUUUGUCUAGCCGACUCCGUCCUCCGCGGUCCAACGGGCAUGGCGACACUUGACCCAGCCGACCUCAAUUAUCGCCCGUACUACCGCAACAGCGAAGACAGUGACGAUUUCGCAACUAGCAAGGGCAGGAACUACCACCAGGGUCCAGAAUGGCUGUGGCCGACAGGAUUCUUCCUCCGUGCCUUGCUCAAGUUUGACUUGAUGAGACGCACAACUCCGGAGGGCAGGACAGAGGCUUUCCAACAGGUUACGAGACGAUUGGCCGGGUGCAAGAAGAUGAUUCAGGAGAGUCCCUGGGCCGGUUUGACGGAGCUGACACAGAAGAAUGGGGAGUUUUGCCCAGACUCGAGUCCCACACAAGCUUGGUCGGCAGGUUGUUUGAUUGAUCUCUACAUGGACGGUAGAGAAGCGCAGCAAGAAGCAGCAGAAACCUAA